GGCCAUGGGCCCACGCGGCCGCGAGCGCCGGGCUGGGGCGGUGCAGAGUACGAACGACAGCAGCUCACUCAGCAAGUGCUCCCUCGCGGCGCACGGCUACGUGCGCGAUCCCUUCGCGGCGCUGCUGGUCGCCGGCGCCCCGCGGCGCGCGCCGCUCAUCCACCGCGGCUACUACGUGCGCGCGCGGGCCGUGAGGCACUGUGUGCGCGCUUUCCUGGAGCGCGCUCCCGCCGAGGACGGCGGGCCGCGCCGGCAGAUCCUAUCGCUGGGCGCGGGGUCCGACUCGCUGUACUUCCGCCUCAAAGCCGCGGGCCGCCUGGCCCGGGCCGCCGUGUGGGAAGUGGACUUCCCGGACGUGGCCGAGCGUAAGGCGGCGAAGAUUCGCGCCGCGCCGGAGCUGGCCGCGUUGGCUGGGCCGCCCCUGACUGCGGCGGACCUGGGCCUCGGUCCCAACGCGGCGCUGCGCUUCGCCAGCCAGGACUACCGCCUCCUGGGCAGCGACCUGCGCGACGUGCCGGCGCUGAACGACGCCCUGGAGGCGUCCGGCCUGGACGUCGGGGCGCCCACGCUGCUGUUAGCCGAGGCCGUACUCUCGUACCUGGCGCCGGGCAGCGCCGCGGCCCUGCUGGCGUGGGCAGCGGGCCGCUUCACCGACGCCCUCUUCGUGCUCUACGAGCAGAUGGGGCCCCACGACCCCUUCGGCCGGGUCAUGCAGCAGCACUUCCAGCGCCUGAGCUCACCUCUGCACGGGCUGGCCAGCUUCCCCGACGUGGCGGCCCAGCGGCGGCGCUUCCUCGACGCGGGCUGGGGCGCCUGCAGCGCGCUGGACAUGAACGAGUUCUACCGCGGCUUCGUCCCUGCCGUGGAGCGGAGGCGCGUGGAGACGCUCGAACCCUUCGACGAGUUUGAGGAGUGGCACCUCAAGUGCUCCCACUAUUUCAUCUUGGCCGCCUCCACCGCCGGCUCUCCGACCCAGGCCAUGCCGCUUCCGCCCGUGGACGCUUUUCCUCGGGUGGAGCCAGCCCCUCCGGCUGGCGUCUUGUCUGCCAGUAUAUUAGGGGAGGGCGAGGCCUGUGCCUUGAAGCGGUUUGGCCAUGCCUCAGCCCUUCUGGGCCCCAGUGUCAUCCUCAGCACAGGGGGCUUUGGUGAGCAGGAGGGGCGACAUGCAAGGAUGAGCAAGUGUCAUGUGCUGUUCAGACAAGCCGGCUCUAGGUGGAAUGCAAGCCACGUGUGUGGGACUGGAGCACGAUGGGAUGGACGCCUCUUCCACACUAUGACAUCCUUCUCAGAUACUCUGGUUCUUGUGCUGGGUGGGAGACUGUCCCCAGUGACUCCCGCCCUGGGGAUGUACUGGCUCUGCUGCCCCUCCCCAGAGGGAAAUGGUGCUGACAACCUAAAGGUGACCGUCACAGAAGUUGGCCCAGAAUCAGAGUUCCCCUCUCCACGAUGGCGACACUCAGCUGCUAAAGUCCUUUGUCAAAGGCAGACGUACUUGUUUGUGUAUGGAGGGCGCAAUGGGAAGGAUCCUGUGCUAAGUGACUGGCUUUUUCUACACGUGGACACAAUGACGUGGGUCAGUUUACCAGUAGAAGGGCCAGAACCUGAUGCUCGACACUCUCAUAGUGCCUGCAGUUGGAAGGGAGGAGCCCUCAUUGCAGGAGGCCUGAGUGUUUCAGAGGAACCACUGAGCUCCGUACACUUCCUGAAACCAGUCUCUAGUGGAUUUUGUUGGGAAAGGUUGGAGGUCCAGCCUCCUAUCACCCCAAGAUAUUCUCACACAGCCCAUGUGUUUGAUGGAAAGCUGCUGCUGGUAGGAGGGGUCUGGAUUCAUUCCUCCUCUGUUCCUGGAGUGACAGUAAUUGACCUGACCACAAAACUGAGCUCUGAAUACCAUAUUGACACGACCUGUGUUCCAUGGCCUCUAAUGCUGCACAACCAUACCAGCAUCUUCCUACCAGAAGAGCAACAACUCCUCCUUCUUGGAGGUGGUGGGAACUGCUUUUCUUUUGGUACCCACUUUAAUCCCCACCCAGUCACUUUGGAUAUCACUUCUUUGAAGCCUAAGCAAUGAUUGCUACGGUUCACAUAGUAAAUAGGUUGAUUUGGUGUGAAAUGUCCAAAAUUAGGAAGCUGAUCUUCCAUCCCCUGAAAUGGUGUGGAGAUUUUCUCUGAGAGAAACAGACCAUCAAGGAUCCCUUGUGUAGAAAAUCACAGAUAGGAUAGUUAAAUUAUGACAACAAAUGAGGCCGUGUAAGAGACUAUGGAAGGGUACCUGGGAUUGUAGGUGAAUAAGACAACCACAUACCACUCAUUCUUGCAAAAAACCAAACCAUUAGUCUGAAGCACAAAUGGAGCAGCCUGAAAAAACGGCUUGAACAAGAACAGGGGAAUAAUUCCCAAGAAAACUUGCAAAUCUACAUUUGCAAAGUUGUCGUUUCAGUCUGUGUUUUAUCAUUUAGUUUUGUCUCUGUGUAAUCGGUUUAGGUUACAGAUUUCCAGUUAGCUUGUUUCUUUAAGUUUGAUUUUGUUGUUAAAAUAAGUUUAUUAAUUUUUUUAUGUAUUCAUAAUUUGUCCCUCCCACUAUACCUCCCCCCCACCCCAUGAAAACCAAAACCGUUAUCGUAAACAUAUAUAGUAAAGCAAAACAAAUUCUCACUUUGGCCAUGCUCCAAAAUAUGUUUCAGCAUUUUAAGUUCAUCAUCUCUGGCAGGAGGCAAGUGUCAUCUUUAGUCUCCUGAACUCAUGGUUUAUAAUUGCAUUGAUCAAAGUCUAAAGCCUUUAAUCAAAUUGUUUUUCUCUACAGUUUUGUCCUAUAAAUUGUUCAUUUUCUCACUUCACUCUGUCAAUUCGUUGAAGUCUUCCCAGUUUACUCUGAAGUUGUCAUUUCUUAUGGCAUGAUAAUAUUCCACUGUGUUUAUACAUCAUAAUUUGUUUCACCACUCCCCAAUAAGACAGCUACUUAGUUUCCAAUUUGGGGCUACUAUGAAAAGAGCUGCUAAGAUAUUUUUGUACGUAUAGGUCCCUUUCCUCUUCCUUUGUUCUCUUUGAGUUAUAGGCCUAGUGGCAUAUCUGGGUUCAGUUUAGUAACUUUUGGAGCUUAGAUCCAUGUUCAUUUUCCAGAAGGUUUGUACUAACUUGCAGUUCCACCAACAAUGCACCAGUGUCCCUGUUUUCCCUCAGUUGCUCCAAUAAUUGUCAUUUUCUCUUUGUUUUUGAUGGGUGCGAUAAAACCUCAAAGCAGCUUUAAUUGGCAUUUCUCUAUUUAGUGAUUUAAAACACUUGAUAUGAUAACUUGGAUUUCUUUCUUUGAAAACUUGUGUAUAUCCUUUGGGUAUCUCUUGGGGAUUAGG